CCCUAGAGUCUUGUAGGGGGGCUCACGGCCACCGACGAAGCCGCCAGUGGCGACGAUUGCCUGAGACCGCCUCUGGGGCCUCGACCCGAGUUCUCCUGGCGGUGCAGUGGCGAUGUGUGUGGGAGCAGCGAGCAUCGCCACUGGGGGAGACAAAGGCGGCCGGGCGGGCGUGGUGGUGUCGCACUCAGCAGCAUCAGCAGCAUCAGCAGUAUCAGCAUCAGUUGCGGCGAUGAUCACGGACGUGCAGCUCGCGAUCUUUGCGAACGUUCUGGGAGUGUCGCUCUUCCUCCUCGUGGUUCUGUACCACUACGUGGCCGUGAACAACCCCAAGCGCAGCGCCUGAGGAGGCCGUGUGUGGGUGAGCGGCCGCGAGGGUGAGCCACUCGGAGGGAUGACGAGGAGCAGGAGGAGGAGGAGUUGGACUCGGCUGCUCGUGACGCCCACUCACCGUGACCUCAAUAAACACGAGUGAUAUGA